AUGUUGAAUCUUGGUGCUGGUUGGCAACAAGGGAUUAGAAUUGUUGGCUCAUGUGUUCGUGUUUGCUUCGUCCCUGGUCUUGAGGGCGUGGAGCCGCCCAGCGGCUAUGGUCCUUUGCCGCGGAACUCCAUUCUCCUCAGCCGUGAGGGCUUGCUGAACACAGCAAUGGCUGGCGGUGAUAUUGACGGUGAUGACAACGAAGUCGCGAAGCAAGCGGAUCUCGUUGCGUUCUUGGAGCUCACGCAGCCGUACGUUGAUGCUUACAACUGGGAGGACCCAUUCGUGAGCUGUGUGAAUUUGAGCUUCGUUUGUAGUGAGUUCCAGCGCAUGCAGGAACUCUCAGUUACAGCAUUGACCGGCCUCAAUCCUUAUGAGACCGAGUGGCCGACUUGUGCAGGCGCAGACCGUUGCCUCUUGUCUGAUUUGGACG